AUGCAGUAUGGAGUGGUUGACUUCAGUGCUUCCAGCCAGUGUCUCUUACAAUAUAUCUGUCCUUCUGUCCAUCCUGUCUUGUGAAGAUGAUGCAUUUUCAGAUGUUGAGAAAAGCAGUUCAGAAAAUGUAGUAGAAAUUUCUUACAAUGAAAAAGCUGAAGAUGGAAUUAUAGAAAAUAUUGUUAAUUUUUUUGUAAAUCCAGAGCCAAAACCAGUUUAUCAACAAUCGUGUAUACAUUUUGAGCCCAAAUCAGCAUACUUUGAGAACCAUUGCAAGUCAUUGUUACAUGUGAAUGGUAACCAGACCAUAUCGUUGCUAUAUUUAGCAUUGAGUGGUGCCAUAUUGACAUUUUUAUUGCUGUUAACCAUAAUAUGGCUAUUGUCAAAAGUGUAUAAAUCAAAAUCAGAUGUCAUAGAAAAUGUGCUUGAAGAUCAUCAACAUUCUGUAGCAGAAUCUGAGGUAGAACAAACAUUGAGCACCAAUAGUGAAGUAAGUCUGUCUGAUUCAAAAAAAGAUAGACAUUUUGAGACUUUGAAUAAAAACAAGUUUGAUCUGCCUUUGGUUAUCAACAUCCAAGAAGUUCAUACACAGAAUGUUGAAAAUAUGGAGCAUAAACUGUCACUUGACAAUUUGUUUGAGGACACAGUGAGUCAUUUUUUGAAAGAGUUAGAUCAGAAUUUGAAUACAGAACUUUGCUUGCCUUCUGAAAGUGGGGAUGGUGGAACUAGUCGUUCAGCAUCAUCCCCUUACAUUCCUGCUGCUUUAGUUUCCCCUUUGCUUCCUCGUCGUAAUCUUCACCUAAAUGCAAACACAGCAGGCACUCCAGGUCAGAGAAGAACUAAUGAAUCACCAUCAAAGUAUUGGAUUCGUUUUCAGAAAUUCCGGAGACAAAUGUCUUGGGUGUAUCCUGAUGCAAACUGCGAUAAUUUUAAAUGUGAACAAUUGUCACAGUCGCACAAUGGGCUCUCUAGUCUUAUUCAGUUUCUCCACCAGAGAUGUUCUGUGAAACCUAGACAGUGGAGUGCAGCAACAGCUAUUGUAGAUUACACACUUUUUUUGCUUGAAAGUGAACUGACAGCACUAUUUCUGGAGUCUGGAGGUUUGUUAACCAUCACUGGUUUUGAAGGCACAGGAAGUGUGGCGAAUGGAACACAAGCAGGCCCUGUUGAUAAAUUCCAAGCACGACUUGGAAUAAGUAUUUCCAGUUGUUCAGAAAUAAGUAUUUUGCACAAGAGAUUUCAUGAAGUGAUCCCAUCAGGUCAUGUUAUAAUUGGUGUGAAAUGUAGUGGAAAUUUUAAACAGAAUAUAAAGUGUAGCCGUAAAGCAUGCAUCCAAGGCGUGUCAGGUUUCUAUUUAUUACCACAGCAGGUAAAUGAAAUGGUCGAAAUGCUGAUAAAAAAAGCUGCUGUAAGACUUAUUAGAGAGCAUAAAAGUAAAACAGACAGACUGCCUUUUAAGAUUCAAGUGUCUUCCCAAAAAACAUUGGUGAUCAGUUUUGAUACUAAACUCUUGCAAGGACUAGGUCUAGGUAUUGGUGAAAUCACUCUAAAAAUUAUCCCUACACUUCAGAUAUUUGUGCCUCAGUUUGGUAUUUUGCCUCCUCUUUAUGCGGUACCAUCACAGAGGAAUGUGCAGAGAAACAGUCGGAACCCGAAUUCUGCAUCAGCAGAUUUCUUAAGUCGAAUUAUCAGAGAUGAUGGUUUUGCUGAUCUUCUGUGGGAAAUUGACACAGAGAAGCUUCAAGCAGUUAUUGUUCAGAACAUUGAAAGGAAAUUUAUGUUAUCUGGGGUCAGAGGUUAUCACAAGGAGUGUUUGAUGAUUCUUAAAGCACUGUUUUCUAAAGGUGAUGAAAAUAAUCUGCUUAACAAAGGCGAAAUUGAUGAACAUAUACUGGAUACUGUAGUUUGCUUUCUUUUACAAGAGAGUCCACCAUCUGCCUGGACACUUCACAGCCUUACAGACCGAAUUUCAGAUGCUGUACAUUUUCUGAAGUCAGCCUAUGAAAACAGACUGCUGCCGAAGUUCUUGAUACAUAAUCCCCAUUUGCUUGCAAAUAUCACAUGCUUGCAGGCAAUGACUCCUGUGUUGUCUGGCCACCAACAGAAUCUGUUGACAGGUAUCACAAAUGAUGCAGCCACAAAAGUUUUAGAAUUCAUAGAGCAGCGCCUGCAUGAGACAGGGUUAUUCAGAUGUAUGAAGCCAGAAUUCUCCAGUCAGAUGUGGGAGUAUGAGUUUUUUGUGUUUGGCUGA